AUGUGCUCCAACGGGAAGAAUGAAGCUGAAAAAUAUACGCUGGCGCCUAUGGGAGGUGAAUGCCUUAAUUUUUUCCAGCCAAGCCCGAUACCAAGUCCUGUUUUGGGGAGAAAGCCAAAUGCUAGUCAGUCACUGCUUGUGUGGUGCAAAGAAGUUACAAAAAACUAUAGGGGAGUGAAAAUCACCAAUUUUACUACAUCGUGGAGAAAUGGUUUAUCCUUUUGUGCAAUAUUACAUCGCUUUAGACCAGACCUAAUUGACUACAAGUCCCUGAAUCCUCAAGAUAUUAAAGAGAACAACAAAAAGGCAUACGAUGGGUUUGCCAGUUUAGGAAUAUCGCGAUUGCUGGAACCUUCUGACAUGGUUUUAUUAGCGAUACCUGACAAACUGACUGUUAUGACCUAUCUCUAUCAAAUAAGGGCACAUUUCUGUGGCCAGGAAUUAAAUGUGGUUCAAAUAGAGGAGAACAGUAGUAAAAGCACAUAUAAAGUGGGUAAUUAUGAAACGGACACCAACAGUUCUGUCGACCAGGAAAAAUUCUACGCAGAGCUGAACGACCUGAACCGAGAGUCUGACCUGCAUCCGCCAGACAGUGGUUUGGCAGACUUUGCUUCUCAGGACGACUCCGUAUUUGUAAAUGACAGUGGUGUUGGUGAAUCUGAGAGCGAGCAUCAGACUCCCGAUGACCAUUUAAGCCCGAGCACAGCUUCCCCUUCUUCUCGCAGGACUCGAAGUGACACAGAUCCACAGAAAUCCCAGCAGAGCUCCGGAAGGACUUCUGCAUCUGAAGACGCUGGGAAGUGUAGCAGUACAGACACAACACAAGCACAGCCUACGUUGGGAAAGAAGAAACUGCUGAUAGCUGACCCUUUAGACUUGAGUGACUUGGCACAUGUCGGUGAUCAAAAAGAGGAUGUGUCUCCCACAGUUGCUGGUGAAGAUAAUGACAGUAAGAGACGCCAGAGUUCAGAUAGCACCAUUGGUUUCUCAGAGCAAGAAAAGCUGGGACCUGUGGGAUCUACAGAGAGCACAAGAGCAGAUCCUGGUUCACCUGUAACAAAGCUGAGUUUAUCUCCUACUUCUAAGCUUGGAUUUUCCUAUAAUAAGGAUACAGAUCUUGCAAAGAAACCGCAUGCUUGUCUGAGGCAAACAGAAUCUGAUUCUGACGGUGAUGCCAGAACGGCUUUAAAUCAUGCAGAUCAAACUGCGAAACCAGCCCAGCAACGAAUGUUGUCAAGACAGGAAGAACUUAAAGAACGAGCAAGAGUUCUGCUUGAGCAAGCAAGAAGAGAUGCAGCUUUAAAGGCAGGGAAUAAGCAACUAACCAAUACGAUCGUCCCAGCCCGCAAUAAGCAGCUGAAUGAUCAGCAAGAUGAAGAGCGGCGUCGGCAGCUGAGAGAGAGAGCUCGUCAGCUAAUAGCAGAAGCUCGAUCUGGAGUGAAGAUGUCAGAACUUCCUAGCUACAGUGAAAUGGCUGCAGAAAAGUUGAAAGAAAGGUCAAAGGCAUCUGGAGAUGAGGAUGAGGAUGAUAAUAUUAAGAUAGAUACUAACGAGGAGGUUCCCGAAUGCUCCGUUACUGGAGGUGGAGAUGAGCUUACUAACCUAGAAAAUGACUUUGAUUCAACGGAACAAAACAGUAAGUUGGUGGAUUUGAAGCUGAAGAAGCUCCUAGAAGCUCAGCCACAGGUGGCAAAUUCACUCUCCAGUGCUGCUCAGAAAGCUGUAACUGAUAGCUCGGAGCAAGACAUUAAGAAUGGAACAGAGGAACAUCGUGCUGAGCGAUUACAAAAAGCAGCGGAACGGUUUAGAAAUCCCGUUGUGUUCAGCAAGGACUCUACUGUCAGAAAAACUCAGCUACAGUCUUUCAGUCAAUAUGUGGAGAGCAGACCAGAGAUGAAAAGGCAGAGAUCAAUACAGGAAGAUACAAAGAGAGGAAAUGAGGAGAAGGCUGCGAUAACUGAGACUCAGAGGAAGCCAUCAGAAGAUGAAGUGCUUAAUAAAGGGUUCAAAGACACCAGUCAGUAUGUUGUAGGAGAAUUGGCAGCACUAGAGAAUGAGCAAAAGCAAAUUGACACCCGUGCCGCGCUGGUGGAGAAGCGCCUUCGCUAUCUCAUGGACACAGGAAGAAACACAGAAGAAGAAGAAGCUAUGAUGCAGGAAUGGUUCAUGCUGGUUAAUAAGAAGAACGCAUUAAUAAGACGAAUGAACCAGCUUUCUCUUCUGGAAAAAGAACAUGACCUAGAAAGGCUGGAGCUAAGAGCCAUGCUGGCUAUUGAAGGUAAGAGCAGUGCUGGGCAGCGAGGGAAGGAACGCGCGUGCUGCCGAAGGCGGCUGCCUGAAAGCACCAGCCGUGGAGGCUUUUCUGAAGCCCG